AUGCCUAAAAAGACAGCUUAAAUGCAUGGCGAAUGAUUAGAAGCAAACAACUAACACAAUAUUUGGCUAUCAUAGGCAAUAUAAGACAAACACUGGAGUUUGUUCUAUACCACCUGAUUUAAUAUAGCUCUCUAGUUCGAAAACAAUUGAUGGUGGCAUAAAAGUUGUCAAUAGCUAUUUAAUCUUGUUAGUUUCAAUUGUAUCACCAUGCUGUUCAAAAUAUCGUGUCUCCUCAUUCUUUUGCUGCUCUGUCUGCAGCGGAGUCAUUCGAGUAAGUGUGGAUUCCCACUCAAGAAGUAACUUCAUAAACUCAUGGACUAUGUGAUUUUAGUCAAACGCAGAUGCCUCCAGCCACUGGAUGUGGGCAAAGGCAAGGCCUAUCUGCGCAAUUGGUUCUACAACUCCACGUCGCAGAGGUGCCAAAGGUUCAUCUUCUAUGGAGGUGCUAGCAAUGGCAACAACUUCCAUACCCAAGCUCGAUGUCGCAAAAUUUGCCUAGCCUCAGUUUCUCUGCCAAUUAAUUUGAACUCCACUGGCGCUUGAAAAGAACAACGAUUCGAAUCAAACAAUAACUAAUAAAUGAGACUUAAAUACGCUAAGGCCAGUCGAGCUAAUUGCAUUUUGUGUGAAAUCGCUGAGAAAAUCAAGUUGAUGCUGCGCCCAUUUUCGCUGGCAAAAAAUAUUUACUAUAAUUUAAGCUCAUAUAUAUUUAUUCUUGUUUUUUUUUCUUUUUUUUUUUGUAAAACUUGUCAGCGCCACCCACUUUCUAGGCAGCGCCAGCUUGUUCCACAGUGGGUGUCUAUUUGCCCAGGAGGUGCUAGGCGGCGGGUGCGCUGACAACCCAAUGGAGCUGCAGCAAUAACAAUUGCAGGCACAACUGCAGCAACAACAAUUGCAACAGCAGCACCAUCAACGUUUUGCUAAAUCAAAAUUGACACUAUGCAAAAAGCCAACCCACAGAGCGGCAAUUGCUGGGGGAAAACGGUAGCCGACACACACACAUAGCCACUCCGUGGAGCACAUGCCUCUGGGGCCAAGACUUGGGGCCAGGCGCUCAGCAUGCCAAGCCAUGGAGGCCAAAAGGUGCCCGCUGUCCGUGGCGCCAAGAUGUGGCCGCUGUUGUUGCUUUUGCCGCUCGGCGUUAGAUUUCAACCAUGUGCAGACAACGGUCGCCACACACAAACGUUGAAAAUAGCAGUUAUUAGUUUGACACAGCGCACAGUGUGCCCAAUGUGAUUAAUAAAGAGAAAUAAAGUAAUCAGGAAGGUGAAAAAAUUGUGAUUUCCAUUAACGAGAAAGUGCUCAAAAAGAUGACACUAUCAAAAAGUACAAGAUUGGCCAUCGGACAUCUACACAGUCAGUUAAUAACAGUCGUUAAAAGAUGUCCAAUACAUUUAUUUUAAUUUCACACUCUACGCAGUUCCUAGUUUUUAUUGAAUAUUUGUAUCUUAAUUAAACAUUUUGCCCACUGUGCCGAGGCAGUCUUGCCAUGUUCGAGUGCACUGUGGGCACCACGAUGGCGACAUUUGCUCAUUAAGCAUAUUAAAUAAUUAGUACUUGUUGUUGUCAUAUUUUAUGUGCUCGUUUGUGUGCUCGUUGAGCUCAGUUGAAGAGGCUUGGCUUGGACAGGGAAAUAUGGACAAGCACGUAAAGAUGGAGAUAGGAACAUAGACACAGAUCGAGCCAGAUACUGAGCUGGACCAGUUUCCAAUGGACGUCAGCCGAUCGCUGGCCUUAGCUGGCUUUUUAAUUUUUAUUUGAGCAAUAAAAAUUGCGAAAUAUAUACGCGGCUUAAUUGAACAGCAAUUGAUGGAGCAACUUGACAGAUACGAAGGUAAUCCGGGAUAUAAAUUUAAUGGUAAGGACGCCAAAAAGUCUAAAGAUAAUAUUCAUUUAAUUUAAAUAAAAUGAAGUGAAUUGCAUAACGCAUCGUAAAUUCUCAGUUCAUAAUAAUAAUAAUAUAGUAAAUGUGAA